AUGUCGUCUGGACGCUUUGAUAGCGGGAAGCCGCCUCUUUUCCCGUCAGAUGAAGAGACCUCGGUUGAGCAUGGCGAGCUCGAGAACGUGGACUUAGAGCAUUUGCCUCCGGACCCUGAUGUUGGACUCAGCGAUGAAGAGCGGGCGAAGCUUGACCGCCAAGUACUAUGGAAAUUGGACUUGAAGCUCAUCCCAUGGCUCUGUUUGCUCUAUCUGAUAUCUUUCCUUGAUCGUACCAACAUCGGCAACGCCAAGAUCGACGGCCUCCAAGAAGACCUACACAUGACGAAUGAUCAAUACAACAUCGCGUUGACCAUCUUCUUUAUCUCGUACUCCGUCUUCGAGCCGCUUACGAAUGUCUUGCUUAAGCGCAUGCGCCCCAACAUUUUCCUCCCCCUCAUCAUGUUCGCCUGGGGGAUCUGCAUGACAUGCAUGGGUUUGGUCCACAACGCAGCAGGCCUCUACGCCACGCGCUUCUUCCUUGGCCUGGCUGAGGCAGGCUUAUUCCCAGGCAUUAACUAUUACCUUUCGACAUAUUAUCGGCGCUCAGAGUUCGGGGCUCGUGCGGCGAUAUUUUUCUCCGCUGCGGCGGUGGCAGGCUCCUUUGGUGGUCUUUUGGCUGCCGCUAUCGCUAAGAUGAACGGCAUCGGCGGCAAGCCUGGAUGGGCGUGGAUUUUUAUCCUCGAGGGGCUCGCCACCAUUAUUGUUGGCAUUGCUAGCUAUUGGAUGGUGCACGACUUCCCGGCCGAGGCCAAGUUUUUGAGCCCCGAGGACAAGGCUAGAGUUCUUCGCCGCUUGGCAGCCGACAAACAGAGCAGCGCCGCGCAUGAGGAGUUCCAAAUGAGCUACUUCUGGGCCAGUGUCAAGGACUGGAAGACGUGGGCCUAUGCAGUCAUUUACAUGGGUGCCGACGCUCCGCUCUACGCCUUCAGUCUGUUCCUGCCGACUAUCAUCAGCCAAAUGGGCUACACCAGCACAAAAGCGAACCUGCUCUCCGUGCCCCCCUACGCCGCAGCAGCGAUCCUGACCAUAAUCAUCGGCUUCGUAGCAGACCGCACAGGGAAGCGCGGAUACUGCAACAUCGGAACCUCGCUAAUCGGGAUUGCGGGCUUCGCAAUGCUGAUCGGCAGCGCGACGCCGGGUGUGCAAUACGCAGGCACGUUCCUAGGCGCGCUGGGCAUCUACCCGACCAUCUCAAACACGAUCUCCUGGGCCAGCAACAACGUCGAGGGCGUCUACAAGCGCGGGGUCACCAUCGGGUUUGUCAUCGGGUGGGGCAACCUCAACGGCGUCGUCAGCUCCAACAUCUAUCGCCAGGAGGACAAGCCCCGGUUUUUCGUCGGCCAUGGCGUCGUACUGGCAUAUUUGACGCUGUUUUUGCUCGGUGGCAGCGUUUGCACGCAUUUGGCGCUGCGGAGGGAGAAUAGGUUGAGGAGGCGUGGGGAGCGCGAUGAUUGGGUUGAGGGGAGGGGCAGGAAGGAGGUCGAACUGCUGGGGGAUAAGAGGUUUGUGCGCCCUUUUUUUGUCUUGGGAAUUGCUGUGCUGACUUGGUGUGCCCAGGCCCGAUUUCUUAUACACGCUCUAGCGCUUGCUGGCGUGUCUUUUGCAGUCCUUCGUAGAUACCAAGACCAAGCCGGUUUCUCGCGUCUUGUAGCGCCGUCCUCGCGCUUUCGUGCACAAAAACAGCUCCUAUGCUCACGGUCCCAGACAUUAAAAGCUCACUGA